AUGGAGAAGAAAAUUUCCGUUAUCGUUUUUAUCUUGCUGAUAGCCGCCCCAGGUUGUUAUGCUUGGAGCUGGGGUGGAGUAUUAACAGGGGCUGUUUGUAUGGUGGCAGCACCUAUUGCCAUACCAGCAGCACUUGGAACAGUCGGUUUUAGUGCAGCAGGAAUAGUGGGAAGCUCCAUAGCGGCCAGUGCUAUGUCAGCGUCCUCACCUGUUGUUACAGGCAGCUUAGUUGCCAUGGCUCAGUCAGUUGGAGCGACAGGCACUAUUGGAUUGGCAACAAAGGCUGUGGCUGCUGGUGUAGGUUACGGCACCUAUUGUGCAACUCAUGAUUGCGAUUAAUUUUGUUUAUUUUUUGUUGUUCUAUGUUUAUUAUUGUGAUUAUUCUAUUAUGUAUAAUCUAACAACCUUUUCAGUUGGAUGUUAAUAGUU